AUGACCGACAACAAGCGAGCUCUGCGUCGACUGCGCACAGCCUGCGAGCGUGCCAAGCGUACGCUGAGCUCGAGUACGCAAGCCGGUCUGGAGAUAGACUCGCUGUACGACGGUAUUGACUUUUACACGUCGGUCACGCGAGCCCGCUUUGAGGAGCUGAAUUCCGAUCUAUUCCGAAACACUCUGGAGCCCGUGGAGAAGGCGCUGCGUGAUGCAAAGUUGGACAAGGCGUCUAUUCACGAGAUCGUGCUUGUGGGCGGGUCAACACGCAUUCCGAAGAUCCAGAAACUGUUGCAAGACCUGUUCAGUGGUCGUGAACUGAACAAGUCGAUCAACCCAGACGAGGCGGUGGCCUACGGAGCUGCAGUACAGGCGGCAAUUCUGCACGGAGACAAGUCGGAGGUGGUGCAGGACUUGCUGCUGCUCGACGUGGCGCCCUUGUCUCUGGGCCUGGAGACGGCGGGUGGCGUGAUGACGGCUCUGAUUCGACGCAACACGACAAUCCCGACAAAGCAGACGCAGACAUUCACCACGUACUCGGACAACCAGCCAGGAGUGACGAUCCAAGUGUACGAGGGUGAACGCGCGUUGACUCGUGACAACAACCUGCUGGGCAAGUUCGAGCUGGCUGGCAUCCCGCCGGCUCCACGUGGCGUACCUCAGAUCGAGGUGACGUUUGACGUGGACGCGAAUGGCAUCCUGAACGUGUCUGCAGUGGAUAAAGUCACCGGAAAACAGAACAGGAUCACCAUCACCAACGACAAGGGUCGCCUCUCGAAGGCGGACAUCGAGCGAAUGGUCUCAGAAGCGGAAAAGUACAAAGAAGACGACGAGAGGCAGCGCGAACGCUUGGCGGCAAAGAACGCGCUGGAGAGUUAUGCCUACUCGAUAAAGCAGACAGUAGGGGAUGAGAAAUUGGCAAACAUUUCUGACACGGAUCGUCGACGUGCCUCUGACAAGUGUGACGAGACAAUCCGUUGGCUGGACGCCAACCAGUCUGCCGAGAAGGAGGAAUUCGAACACCAUAAGAAGGAGUUGGAGCGCGUGUGUGCUCCGAUAAUGAGCAAGUUGUAUCAGUCUAGCACAGGAGCUGGUGACACGUCUGGCGGUCGAGCGCCUUAUUCAAACGGCAAAGGACCGACGAUUGAAGAAGUGGAUUAA